ACCUUGAGAAGCGCGCAGUCUGGGACGAGGAGAAAAAGAAUAAACUGGCAAGGCUGUAUGCUCGAUUUAAAGACUAGAUGUGGUAAAAGGUGGCCUUGGAGAUGCAAACACCCUGGAGAUCCGCGGAGAGCAUGCACUGGCAACUGGGAGAGCAGGAAAUGAACGCACGCGCCAACGCUCCCAUCUUCCAGCUCCACCAUUCCACCACUAGUAUACCUUCACCUCCUCCUAGCUGUACUGCAACAGCACAAGUGUCCGAAGGUGAUCUAUCGAGUGGCCGUGGCGCCAGAACCGCGCCGGUGCUUAAGACGGGUCAAAAGAGGGAUCGGGAGAGUGUUGACUUUGUGGAGGAACUGUAUCUUAGAAACAAAAGGAAGAUUGAGAUGGCCCUCACUUACUAGGGCCUGCAGGUACUCUAGGCCUUCAUUCGGCUGAGCUUUUUUUCCAAACAUAGGUGGAACUAGUAG